ACAACGAAAGGAGAAGAGAUUAGGAAAUUAUAUUAGACAUUUAUAAUAAUGAAUUGUGUGGGUUUUGUCAAUCCUACGAAUUGCAUCGGAUAGAAUCAACCGUGAACGAUGGUUAAGGAAAACGUGGAGUGACGCAAAGCGUGAAUUACUUGUGACGUUAAACAAGUAUUAUUAUAUAAUCACCACGAUAGAUCAGCCGGCGCAGAGAUUAAUCGUUCGCCAUGAAGAGUUAUCGUUCCCAUGAGCGAAAACAUUUACAAUAUAUGUACACUACAGUUGUAUACUCGUGUUUUGUAAAAGCUGGUACCAGUAAUGUUCUUAGCUUAACUGAGCUUAACGUUUAGUACAAAUGGAUAUCUUCCCCGCAGGGAAGACAAUUUCUCAUGACGAACAUGAUUAAAUGUGUAUCGAUGAGCGUGCAUGAAAAGAAAGAGCUUGGUCCUUGGUCCUCGAGUAUCCGUCGUCCGCUAAACUCGCAUCGUCGCUCUUUCAAUUCUGGAGUGGAGGAAGCGUUCUCGAACGAUGAGGUAACCGUCGCCGCCGCCGCGGUCGCUGGUUCAGCGAUGUCAACCAUCGUCAUCGGUCCAUUCUCUUCUCCUGCGGCAGCCGUGGGACAUCGAGGUGGCAAGGGCUGCAGGAGAAACUGAAACGAGAGGAAGUGGGGGCGGCGAGCGUGUUAUGUGUGCCCGCAGAACGGAGGAGCAGAAUCAGAAUUGGAAUUGCAGAUGGCGCCUGACCUGCGCCACUUGGCCAUCGCCAUCGCCGCUGCUCCGUCCCGUAGUUCCGUUCGUAAAGAGGAGGAGAAACAGGAGAAGGAAGGAGGUGGCUGGUGGUUCGCUCUUCUGCUCGUAGUCUUUCUACAAUUCAUCCUCCGUUCCGUUCCGUCGUCGGCUAGCUGUUAGCGCUGACGGCAAGAGGUAGUAUCCGAAAGAUAGACCGCGAUAACGAGAUAAGCGACGAACCCGGGGACCGUUCGUGCCGGGCAAAGAGAAAGGAAGGAAUAAUAGGAGGGAGGGAACCGGAGGAUCCGUCCGUCCGACGAGCGUACCCGAUCUUUUUUCCUCUUUCGUCCGCGCUGAAAAUCGUAAGACCUAAAGUUGCGACGGUAAUCCCGGUGCACCUGAUUGGCCGUACGAAUCGAUUGAUACGGGAUCGUGGAUUUAUCGACGUUUACUAUAUGGCCACGGCCUCCGGCUCGGUCGGAAGAUAACCUGCCUACUUUAAUUCUCCUCGAGGUUUGUUUUCUUACAGUAGAUGAAACCGAGAUAGCGACUCUAUUUCCUCCCCGUUUUCCCUUGGCUGCGACACGCACACGCGCGCCCACGCUGCGAGUCCUCGGUAAACCGGAAAUCACGGCACGCGUGUUGAAAAACCAAAUCUGCUCUCUCUCUCUCUGUCUGUCUGUCUGUCUCUCUCUCUCUCUUUCUUUCUCGAUCACACGCCGUUUCUGCCGGAUCAUUCGAACUCUACGAGGUUUCCUCCUCCGUAAGGAUUAAUCGCAAAGAAAGUAACUGCGACUUUCGCAUCGGGAUUGUGAUCGAGGGAAAAUGGUUAACGCAUCAGGUACGCAACGAAUGCACGCUCGGGCUACACGUUGACGCGUAACGCGAUCGACCAUCGCGUAUCGCGUAGUCUAAACCGGAUGUCAAGAGUAGGAAAGGCGGGAUAUUGAGAAUAAUUAUACGUUCGAAUACUAUCGCGAGUGAGAAAAUACCUGUUUCUAUUUUUGUUUCAGCGUUCGCUUAAAUUAUGAAACGCGAUAGCCGCGGAAUAGAACGCGCAUCCAAAAAUGCGAAGACUUAGGAAGCCGCUGUUCGCGUGUACCAGAAAAUGCUCGUUGAAUCUGUAAUAUUGAUUCAAUUGCAUGUUUUACCGUUCCCGAAAAUUGUACGCGCGGAGGGAGACCGUAAAGAAGCUCGCUCGAAUCGAUGUCCUUCGAGUAUAUUAACGAGGUCGAGAGUUCUCUGGAUAAUUAGGCGAGAUCGAGCGCGUAGGAAAUUGACGAUGAUACUUUCGGAUUUCCGCUGGUUUUAUCUUACGAAUCGUUGCCUCGCGAAGGGCAGGGUUCCUCAAAGGGAACGUUCAGCCUUCCUCGUCAGCAGUUUCGCUGGCAAAGAAAAAAUGGCGCCGGUAGCCUCUAGAUCGCGCGACCACCGAGUACGCUGCGCUCGUACUUCCGUAACGUGCUCCAACAGCAGUCUCUCCCAUUGCGGCUCGAUAAAUUGACCUCGAGGAACCGUCCCCGUCGAGAGCCGCGCGGAUCCAUGCUCGAAAUGAAGGCGCAUUCCGACUUCGUACUCGUAUUCGCCUGCGAGACCGUUUUUAAACUCGCGUGAAAUGCACGCGCGACGUACAGUGGCUCUACAUUCUAGUAAUGCCAUCAUCGGGAAGGAGAAGACGAGAGGAGGAAGGCCCGAUGGAAAAGUGAACGUUUGCUGGUUGCUCUCUCCUUUCUUUUUACCCCGAUACGGUGUAAAUCACGUUCGGUAGAUCGGGGAGAGGAAUAAACUAGAGGAAGAUAAAGAAAAAGGGUAUCUCUGGAUGCGCGACAGGGACACGGGUCGAGCGUACGUGGGACAAAGCGACGAGUCUUGGCCGACAUGUCAGGAAGGCUGCCCCGGUUGCGUGCACUUCGUCCGCGGCCCAAGCAGUUCAAGUCGGAGCACCGUGAAGAAGGUAACCUUAAAGAGGAUCCACAGGAAGUCGCGAUGAAGGGACACGAGAGCGACGCGGAGGACGUUUCAUAUAUCGUCGAAGAAGACGGCGACGGUGACGACGACGAAGAGGAGGAAGAGGAGGAGGAGGAGGAGGAGGAGGAUGCCGAAAUGGAAAGUGAUUUGAAACGCGAGCAUGAUGUGUUCGAUUGUUCAGGGCCGUCGCAGAGUUACGAGUGUAAAACGUGUAAGCCUCCGAAGCCUUUGCCGAGUCUCAAGGCGUAUCUCGAUCAUCUGAAAAAAGAGCAUAAGCAAAAGGGGAAAUUUGCUCGUGACACUGGAAACCGAUGCUCCAUGUGCUCGUACGUUGCACUGAACUCCAGGGAUCUAGAGAGUCAUCAAAGAGUGCACCAUUUGAAAAGGAGGUUUUUCAGAUGUGCUAAAUGUUCUUACGUGACCCAUGUACGUGCUCGUUACACGAAGCAUGUCAAGUAUCACUCGAUGCCAAUGAUCAAGUGCGAUGCCUGUGAUUUUCGAACACCGUACAAGUGGAAUUUAGAUAGGCACACCAGAAAUCAUGGUGGAGGUGGAGCCUUCCAAUGCAGUGCUUGUAAUUUUACAGCCGACAUCAGACAGAGUUUAACGGUACACGAAACUAAUCAUCACGAACCUCCUGUAGGUCAGACGAAUCGAAAAUCCAACGCAGCGUUCGAACGAAGACCGAGAAACAGUCCUAAACGUUACAAUCAGGUGGGUGCAAGCGAUUUUCGUGACUCGCUGCAUAUAUCCUCGAGCACGACGCUGUCGAUUAGCUCCGGGGAUCCAUACGUUUCUGAUCAAUCUAUGGAAGAUAAGAGAAGCGCGUUAGCCAACGCGGAGUGUAUAGCGUUGAAAUGCGAAGAGAAAGGCUGCCAAUUUAUCACCGCGUGGGAUUCGGAGAUGCAGCGACAUUUGGCAGAAUGUCACGCUCCGAUCACGCCGAGCAAGUCCAGGAAACCACUGCCAAUGCUGAUACCUUUAGCUCCUUCGAAAGCGAAUAACGCUACCGUCGGCGGUCCUCCGACGACGUUGCUGAAAGUUCCGCGUGUCAGGGUAAGACCGGAACUCGCGCAAAUCGCAAGAGACACGGAACUGGCCAAGUUAUACGGGAAUAAAGAAGCCGGGAACUUAAAGAAGGAUGCGAGUAACGCGGCAGAUUUGUUUGAAAAAAAGAACGCGUCGUUCUUUGAUAAGCUUAAGGAAAAGCUUACCACGACAGCGUCAAUAAAUAACGGGGUGGCCGAGGUAGCUGUAAGUACCACGAACGAUAUGAAAUGCUGGUGUACAUUUAAAGCUAGUAGCAUGGAAGAGCUGGCUUGUCACAAACAAACACACCACACUGCUCUCAGUGUCUCUGUGGGCACGACGCGUUGCCCGAGGUGUCGGAGACGGUGCAAAAGCUCGACUGAUCUCCAAAAGCAUAUGACGCAGUGUCGUCGCUCGGCAGGCAACGAUACGUCCAUACACAAUAGCUUAGAAAAAUUAUCAAAUUGUUCAGAACUCCGUGUGACCUCGUAUCGCGGCGAAUACGCAUUCCCAGCGCAAACGGAUUGGGACGUUAAUACCGGCGGGCCGAGUUCUUCUGGAUCAUCGGUUGAAGGUUCCUCGACGCAUCCAAGUGGCCGGCGGGUAUUCAAAUGCCCGCACUGUCCAUUUUGGGCAUCCACUGCGAGUCGUUUUCAUGUUCAUAUUGUCGGUCAUUUAAAUCGGAAGCCAUUCGAGUGUUCCCUGUGCGCGUAUCGCUCUAACUGGCGAUGGGACAUCACUAAACAUAUUAAACUUAAAGCAGUUAAAGAUCCGCUUCAUACGACUGCCAGGGUACUUAUGACGGAUGAAACAGGACGACGGAAUUAUUCCAAAUAUAACAAAUAUUUAUCACAGGUAGAGCAGCAGUGGGAGGAUCAAAGUAUGGAAGAACGUAGCGUGGAGGAGAUCAAUUCCGACGAACCGCCGACCAAAUUGUUUGUUAUGAACAGCAGCGAUUAUCUGGAAACGCCAGAGCUAACGUCCACUCCGAUCUCGGCCGUAUCCACCAGCGAAGGAGGCCAUAAUUCAAUCAAUAUCGGGCUGAGACCGCCGCCACCUCUCAAAGCUGCCGCAAGAAGCAAAGGGCAGUCUUUGCUCAAGAACAAUCUCAUCUCCCCUCAAAGCGGUUUGAGCAGCUCCGCCUCUUCCUCGGUCACCGAGGACAAUAAACGCACCAUGUGGAAGUGUAAGCGAUGUAACUUUAGACAUUCCAACAGAGAGACCGUCUCGGUGCACGUCAAGUCUCACAGCGAUUCGGAACAACGUCACGGAGAAGAAAAGAAUGUGUUCAGUUGCGGAGAUUGUCCGUUCUCUGCGUCGGAUGCAGCAGCUCUGUCGACGCACAGAGUUCAUCAUCGUCCGAACCUAGAAGCUAUUUUCAAAUGUUACUUGUGUCCGUACUACGUCAGUACGAAAUCGGAACUUUUGGAUCACGUCAGACUACACGGGGAAGAGCUCGCCGUUGUGCAUCAGCAAAGUACGGAUCACAAUCUCUCGGUCAAGUCGAAAGCGCGUUCCUCUUUGAGCACCAACAGUUCUAAUCGGAUGAAACAGGAGAAGCCGGCCGAGCAGGUGAUUCACAUAACGACUCAGAACAACGUGACAUCGUUCACGAACGCUUCGAAGAACUCCGGAGCCCCGCCGCCGUUGCUUCUGGAUACUCGAGCACUGCCAGAAGCCCCGUUAGUAUGGGUAUCCCGGCCGGACGGUACGCUGACCAAGAUGUUGAAAUGCCGCCACUGCCCGUUCGUGUCCUCGCGGCGCGCAGAAGUUCGAGACCACGAGACCAUGCACUUAGACGCGCCCAGCAACGGUCCCGUGAUCGCCUGCACGGACUGCAGUUUCACUUGUACGCGACGCGAGGUGAUGGUCGCGCACUCGGACAUGCAUUCCGGUUCCCUAGGCACGGUCCAUUGUUUGGUGGACGAGACCAGACCCGACUCGCAGCAAUUGAGCGACUUGUCCACGCUCCUCGGCUUGACGCAUUCCCCUGUGCUAGGCGCAGAACCUGACUUACGAGAUCUAAGACUCGUGCACUGUUGCAGCAAAUGUCCGGCGCGAUUCCUCUGCGAGAAAGAAUUGAGGAUUCACUUGAGAUACCACUCGACGGAGCUGGCUUAUUCAUGCCAGUGGUGUUCGUACGCGGCUAGGCAACCGGCUCACCUUCUGGCCCAUCAGAAGGCACAUUCCACGGAGUAUCAGGAACGUACAAAGUACUUGCUGUCCCUGUAUGGUCACUCGCAGCGGUAUCCGCCACCAACGACCGCCUGCGUCGAGGCGAACGAGCAGGAGUCGAGCAACUCGGCUCCCACCGUCGCGUGGAUCGUGGUCGAGAUCACGGAGACCGUGAACAACAGUUUCGACAACGCGAGCGACGCUAAUCAACGGACCGGGAAUCAGGUGUUCACCUGCGCUAAGUGUCCGGCGCGUUACUUCAAGUUGGACGCUCUCGAGUAUCACAUGACGCUGCAUGGAUCGAACAACAGAUUCAAGUGCACCGAGUGCGACUACUCGUCAAAGACUGCGCAAAACCUCGUGAAGCAUCAGGUGGUUCACCGUCGUCAGAACGAAACGACCGAAAUGGUGAAUCUGUCGCCACCGCCCGAUCCACAGUUCGGACUGUUUAUGCGCGGCAAUCCUAACUUCGUCUAUCCCGGUUACUUUCGAAAUGGUCGCCUGAAGGAGAAGCGGUACAAGUGUCACAAGUGUCCGUCCGCUUUCGAAAAACGGGAACAGUACAGGGUACAUUUGACUCUACACGGCGCGAAACAGAGAUACCGUUGCGACACGUGCGACUACUCCGUCAAGUAUUACGCGAAUUACAUACAGCAUCUGAAGAAGCACCAGGCGAACGCCGAGGCGCAGGCUUCGCGUAGACAGUUCGAGGACGACACCAUCAACGUCGAUAGCCACGUUCAGGGUUCCUUCUCGCGAUCGAGCAAGACUUUGAAACUGUCCAGCAAUUCGACGGCUAACGCGUCUGCAAACGGUACGUCGGUGUCGAAUUUCGCCGCGGCGCAGACUUCGAAUCAGGACAGGCAGUCCAUGAUACUGCUGCAGAAGAAGGGGAUGCUCUCGCCCUCGAACGAAGAGCCGGAGACGUUGCGCUGUCAGAGCUGCCCGUUCUCCACGUGCGACAAGGACGCGAUGGACGCUCACAAACGUCGCCACGGUAUCGAGCGGAUGACACCGUCUUGUCCACACUGCGAUUACAUACCACGAAAGGACGAGAACGUCGGCGAACAUAUCAGGCUACACUUUACGAGACUUUACAAACCGGAAUCCUAUCUUAUCAUAGAACUGCUCGCGUUAACGAUGAAGAAGAUCAAUACUAACGGGAAGGAGGAGAAACAAAAAGCUGCCGAGUUACUUUUCAAAGAGUACGGGGACGGACGAUUCUUCCCGUUCGCCGAUAUCAACUCGUUUGGAAAUCAGCCUGGCGGCAAGGAGAAAGUCCUGGUCGAUCCGAACACAGGUGAAACGAAACACCUGAUCGUUUAAGAGACAUUCUUCGCAUAAAUGUACAUUUCUCUGUAUAUAGGAGCAAACGCAUAACGCAUUUCUUCUUUCAGUUGUUCGUAAGAUCACUCUAGCGGAUCCCGCAGUCGAACGAAACGCAUUGUCACGUUCGAAAUUCGAUUAGAGCACAUCUACAUUAGCGAACUCUCAUUUGUUUCAUAGUUAUCGCUACGGAUAAAUCGCAAUCACUAUAGUCAUAAUCAUUAAUGAUUAGAGGACAGAUUUCCUUGAUGCGCGCCGUAUGUAGAGUACCAAGAAUGAUGAUGAUUAUUAUUAUUAUUAUUAUAUGAAUUUCGUUAACUAUUUGUUCACGUUUAAGAAUGCGCCCAUACGAGGAUACGUGCACGAUUGAAUUCUGAUGUAAAUAAUGAAAUGACUCUUGUAACAAUACACGGAUCUGCUAUGGCCAUAGAUUUAUGUUCACGUACUUGGCAACACCGAAGAAAACUUUUAAAGACGAUGUUAAAGACGGUGUAAACUUUGUUAAGUUUCAGGCUCGACUAUUCUUGCAUUGUACUCUCAGCAGUUUGUACCGGGGUGCUUUAUUAAAUACAACGAGGAACGCAAUCAUUAAA